CGUCAUUCGUCACGUUACCCACGCUGGGUUAGUUAUGGACGCCGCAGUUUAGCUUGUUAGUGUUGUAUACGUUUCUGUUUUAUAUGACAGCAAGCAUGCAUUUUAUUUCAAAAACAAGCAGUUUAGGUCGGUUGAAUCUACUGGUUCUUAGCCUACAGCUAACAUUAUCAUCUGCUGGGAAGAUGAAGAUUGUGGAAGAACCAAACACAUUUGGACUCAACAAUCCUCUUUUAGCCCAAGGCAACAGACUUCAGCCCAAAGUGUCUCCAUCACCAUUUUCAGGACCUCCUCAUCUUCACGCCCUGGCUGGGAAGUGUUUCAGUUACACAGAAUCCACGUAUAAAUAUGAGUUCUGUCCGUUCCACAACGUGACUCAGCACGAGCAGACGUUUCGCUGGAAUGCCUACAGUGGGAUACUCGGGAUAUGGCAGGAGUGGGAGAUCGCGAAUAACACCUUCACGGCCAUGUGGAUGAGAGAAGGAGACUCCUGUGGAAAUAAAAACCGGCAGACGAAGGUCCUCCUGGUCUGUGGGGGCAGCAGCAAGCUGGCGCGGGUCUCGGAGCCCAGCACCUGCAUGUACUCUCUGACCUUCGAGACGCCUUUGGUGUGUCACCCGCACUCGCUUCUGGUUUAUCCCUUGCUUAGUGACAAACUGCAGAAGGAGUGGGACGAGGCAGAGCAGGCUCUGUACGAAGAGUUCGUCACGGAGCAGGGAUACAAUAAACUUCUGAAAGACAUCUUUGAGGAGGCAGGAUACCUGAAAACUCAAAAGGUGAAGAAUGUCCCAAAUGUCCAGAAAAACCCCAAAAACUUUGAAUCCCUGGAGAAGUGCAAUGAGGAAGCUCAGAAACUGAGUGAGGAGGUCAAGAGACUUCAGGCCCUUCUGACUCAUCACAACAUUUCCAGUAAUAAACAGCCAGGAGAAAAGUCUCGGGCAGCUGGUGGUGUGACCCCAGCUGUGCUUUCUCAGGAUGGACACCUUCGUGGUGACCCUGGAGUGCUCCCUGGUCUGCUGUGACGAUGUCUGUCAUCCAUCUCGUGCCGUUGGAGCCUGGGAAUCCUGUGCGUUUGUCCUCGAAUGCCUGCUGGUGGCUGGAGGGAACUAGGAAUGGCUUUUUUCCCAAAGUGUCAGUGAUCCGUGUCUGAGCUGCUCAUUCUUAAGAUUUGCCUGUACAUGGCCUUUCCGGAUUGUUCUCCUCCAGGAUAUGUGUCCUAACAAGGCCAGUACUGCCCAGGCCCCAAGCCAACCUUUAUUACCAAACCAAAUACCACUGACAUGUAACAUAGUUACUCUGAAAGUUUUCAGAGUAAAGAUCCCUUUAUUUUAUGCCCAUUUGGGUUUCUUUUUUCCUGUAAAUAUGUCACAUUUUCAAUGGUUCUCACCUUUUACAAAAAGUAUCAGUGAGUCAGUAUCUUAUGUUGUAUCCAAAUUUAUUUUUUAAUUUUUUUCUAGAUGCUGUAAAAGUAAAGUGUAAAUAGUUUUUAAAA